UUUUCGCAACGGGUUUGCCGCGAGAGCACAGGUGUAGUGAAAACCACCACUAAAUCAAAGGCAACAUGGGGAAGGAAAAGACUCAUAUUAAUAUCUUCGUCACUGGACACGUGGAUUCCGGCAAGUCCACCACUACGGGCCAUCUGAUCUACAAAUGUGGUGGCAUCGACAAAAGAACCAUUGAGAAAUUUGAGAAGGAGGCUGCUGAGAUGGGAAAGGGUUCCUUCAAAUAUGCCUGGGUCUUGGAUAAACUGAAAGCCGAGCGUGAGCGUGGUAUCACCAUUGACAUCUCCUUGUGGAAAUUUGAGACCAGCAAGUACUACGUGACUAUCAUUGAUGCACCUGGACACAGAGACUUUAUCAAAAACAUGAUUACAGGCACAUCCCAGGCUGACUGUGCUGUCCUGAUUGUUGCUGCUGGUGUUGGUGAAUUCGAAGCUGGUACCUCCAAGAAUGGACAGACCCGUGAGCAUGCCCUUCUGGCUUACACCCUGGGUGUGAAACAACUAAUUGUCGGUGUUAACAAAAUGGAUUCCACUGAGCCACCCUACAGCCAGAAGAGAUACGAGGAAAUUGUUAAGGAAGUCAGCACCUACAUUAAGAAAAUUGGCUACAACCCUGACACUGUAGCUUUUGUGCCAAUUUCUGGUUGGAAUGGUGACAACAUGUUGGAGCCAAGUGCUAAUAUGCCUUGGUUCAAAGGAUGGAAGGUCACUCGUAAAGAUGGCAAUGCUAGUGGAACUACACUGCUUGAAGCUUUGGAUUGCAUCCUUCCACCCACUCACCCAACUGACAAGCCUUUGAGGCUGCCCUUCCAGGAUGUCUACAAAAUUGGUGGUACUGGUACUGUCUCUGUGGGCCGAGAGGAGACUGGUGUUCUCAAACCUGGCAUGGUGGUCACCUUUGCUCCAGUCAAUGUGACAACUGAAGUAAAGUCUCUUGAAAUGCACCAUGAAGCUUUGAAUGAAGCUCUUCCAGGAGACAAUGUGGGCUUCAACGUCAAGAACGUUUCUGUCAAAGAUGUUCGCCGUGGCAAUGUUGCUGGAGACAGCAAAAACGACCCACCGAUGGAAGCAGCUGGUUUCACUGUUCAGGUGAUGAUCCUGAACCAUCCUGGCCAGAUCAGUGCUGGCUAUGCCCCUGCCCUUUUCAAGUUCCUCUUGGUUGAAGAGGGCCUCUUGGCAUUCUUCUCAACCCACCUGGUGUUGCCUGUAUGA